AGGAGGCGGACUUCCGCAAACAAGUUGGAAUUUAUUUCUCCGCGGUCCGCGGUUCCACUCAGAUUCCUGCAGUUGGACUCCAGGCUUCACUCCAUGCCCGGGAUCCCGGGUGGCUCUGCCAUGCAGGGGCCGAAGCUCCCCAGGGCAGACUUGGCUGCUGGGCACCAGGAGACGGAGCCUUUGACAUUUGGGGAUGUGGCUAUUGAUUUCUCUGAGGAGGAAUGGGAAUGCCUGAAUCCUGCUCAGCAGAAUUUAUAUAGAGAAGUGAUUUUGGAGACCUACAGUAACCUGGUCUUUGUGGCCAUGACUUCUCAUCAUCCUCAAGAAAUUUUACCAGAGCAGGGAAUAAAAGAGAGAGAGGGAAGAUAUGGAAAGAGUGACCUUCACUAUUUACAACUAAGAAAACAAUGGGAAAAUAUAGCGAAGACCUGCCAAUGUGAAGAAUGCAACAUACUGAAGAACUUCAUUCAACAUCACAGUGUUCAUACAGGAGAUAUGCCAUGUAAAGAAUGUGAAAAAACUUCAAAUAAAAGCUCCAAUCUUAUUUGUUACCAGUGGACAUACACUGGAGAGAUGCCCCACAUAUGUAAACAAUUUUGCAAAGCUUUCAGUCAAAAACCAAGCCUUAAAAAUCACCAGAGAAUUCAUAUUGGAGAGAAACCCUACAAAUGUAAAGUGUGUGGCAAAAGUUUUAACGCAAACUCACAUCUUGAUCGCCACAACAGGAUUCAUACUGGAGAGAAGCCCUACAAGUGUAAAGAGUGUGGCAAAAGUUUCAGUCAAAAAUCAUCACUUGCUCAUCACCAGCGAAUCCACACUGGAGAGAAGCCCUACAAGUGUAAAGAGUGUGGCAAAGCUUUUAAUAGCAUCUUAUAUCUCUAUUGCCACAACAGGAUUCAUACUGGAGAGAAGCCCUACAAAUGUAAAAUGUGUGGCAAGAGUUUUAAUCGCAUAUCAUCACGUACUCGGCACCAGCGAAUUCACACUGGAGAGAAGCCCUACAGCUGUAAAGUAUGUGGCAAAGCUUUUAAUAGCAUCUCACACCAUAAUUAUCACAAAAGGAUUCAUACUGGAGAGAAGCCUUACAAAUGUACAGAAUGUGGCAGAGCUUUUAAUAGCAUCUCACACCAUAAUUAUCACAAGAGGAUUCAUACUGGAGAAAAGCCCUACAAAUGUGAAGAGUGUGGCAAAAGUUUUAAAACAAACUCACAUCUUAAUAACCACAAGAGGAUUCAUACUGGAGAGAAGCCCUACAAAUGUAAAGUGUGUGACAAGAGUUUUAAUCACAUAUCAUCACUUACUCAGCAUCAGCGAAUCCACACUGGAGAGAAGCCCUACAAAUGUGAAGAGUGUGGCAAAGCUUUUAAUAGUGCCUCACAGCAUAAUUAUCACAAAAGGAUUCAUACUGGAGAGAAGCCUUACAAAUGUAGAGAAUGUGGCAAAGCUUUUAAUAAAUUUUCAAAACUUAGUUGCCACAAGAGGAUUCAUACUGGAGAGAAGCCCUACAAAUGUGAAGAGUGUGGCAAAACUUUUAGUCAAAAAACAUCACUUACUCAGCACCAGCGAAUCCACACUGGAGAGAAGCCCUACAAAUGUGAAGAGUGUGGCAAAACUUUUAGUCAAAAAACACCACUUACUCAGCACCAGCGAAUCCACACUGGAGAGAAGCCCUACAAAUGUAGAGAAUGUGGCAAAGCUUUUAAUAAAUUUUCACAACUUAGUUGCCACAAGAGGAUUCAUACUGGAGAGAAGCCCUACAAAUGUGAAGAGUGUGGCAAAACUUUUAGUCAAAAAACAUCACUUACUCGGCACCAGCGAAUCCACACUGGAGAGAAGCCCUACAAAUGUGAAGAGUGUGGCAAAGCUUUUAAUACCAUCUCACAUCUUAGUUGCCACAAGAGGAUUCAUACUGGAGAGAAGCCCUACAAAUGUAAAGUGUGUGACAAGCGUUUUAAUCAAUCAUCAUCACUUAAUCAGCACCAGCGAAUCCACACUGGAGAGAAGCCCUACAAAUGUGAAGAGUGUGGCAAAGCUUUUAAUACCAUCUCACGUCUUAGUUGCCACAAGAGGAUUCAUACUGGUGAGAAGCCGUACAAAUGUGAAGAAUGUGGCAGGGAUUUUUAUCAAAAAUCAUCACUUACUCAACACCAGAAAACCCAUCUAGAGAGAAGUCCUAUAAAUGUGAAGAAUGGCAAAGCUUUUAAAAUUGAAGAUCACAUCUUAGUAACAUUAUAGAAUUUAUACUGGAGAGAAGUUUUACAAGGAAAACAUUGCAUCAGUGUCUUUAACGAUGAAUCAACCCUUAUUUCACAGUAGUUCAACACUAUUUCACACCAGAGAGAUGAUAGCACAGAAAUUAUACAAGUGUAAAAUAGGUGUCAGAGUCUCCAACAGUUGUUCACACCCUACUCAACACCUCAGAAUUCAUACAAGUAAGAGGACAUGUGGAAAAAUUUUUUGCAACACUGGAGGAUUUAUACCAUAUAGAAACCCAAAGAAUGUGUACAUGACUGUAUUCAAAUUUCAGACAUUUUUCAGUUUCUUACCUCAUACCUGGAGAAAAUGUGGAAUACCAUUUGUCCAAAGUAUGUACCUUAGAUAACAGCAAAAUAUUUACAAAAACACUUUGACAAGUAUAAAAAUUUGUAGUAAAUUUCUUAGCUAUAGCCCAUCCCUUGAAGUAUUUGGGACCUAGGGGGGAAAAAAUCAUUUAAAUGUAGAAAAUGGGUAAUUGCUUUUGACAUUUGCUGAAAAUUUUCUUAACCUCUUUAGCUGAUAGUGUAGAAAUAAGGAAAUACAAAUACAGAAUAGUGCAUCCCUAAAAGGAUAUAAUUUUACUAUAAAUCAACAAUUACUAAAGAGUCUCAUUUUUCACAGCUGGAGAAAACAAUUCUCAAUGUUGAUUAUUACAGAAGUCUCAAUGUUUAUAUGAAAUUUUAAAUUUUUAGUUUUUAUUUUUGUACUUAAACUUAGGGACACUUAAUCAGUAAACUGCAUCCACAAAUUUUUUUUCAUUUUUAUUUAGAGAUAGGGUUUGCUAAGUUGUUUAGGGCCUCACCAAGGUAUGGAGCCUGGCUUUUAACUUUCAAAGCUUCUCACGUCCCUAGGGUCACAGGCAUGGACCACCAUGCCCGUUUUACAGAGCAUUUUUACUUAAAUUGCAUCCGUAAGGCAAAUAUGUUACUAAAUAAAGUGAUUUUCUUAAUGUUAACCUUGUCAUGCAUUUAAUGACAUUAUUAGGUCACAUACCCCCCAAUAUUCACUUUGCUAAUGGAUCAAAUAUAGCAAAACAUUCUAUUGGGUAAAUAAUUCUAUAUCGUCUCCAUGGAUUAUUUCAUAUGUUUAAUCAACUUUUAUUUGGGGAAUAUUUAUGUAAUUAUAUACUCUGUUUCUAAUUAUGCAAAAAUUAAGGUACAGGAAGGACCUAGGAAUACUAAAACAAUGCCCAGAUAUCCCUAGUUUGAAUUACAACUUUAACAUUUCACCUUGUAGAGUUGCAGUACUCCCUAAGGGAUCUACAAAACUGAAGAGUUAUACAAGCUCCCAAUCAGGGAGAUGAGAAAGACCCAAGAGAGUAGAAGCCAAUGUGCAUAUUCAGGUAGAAAAAGGAGGGUUACAGAAGGGGGAAAUAGUCUCAUUGUUUCCUGGGGAAAAUCCUGGUCCAAAGGCCCAUCCUGAUUUUUGGACUGAAGAAACCUUGCAGUUGCUCAUGAAUUCUAUGAGAGUCAUCACUGAGGAGACUGUACUGACCUCAAAUGUUGGAAAUACAUCACAAUAUAGGACCACCUCUUUAGUCUUGGAUACCCAGUAGAAAAGUGUAACCAGAUACAUGUAAAAUGAUGACUGUAAAAAUAAAAAGACAUACUAUAGGAGCAUUUAUGCCCCCACAUUUUUCAUUUCAUUAUAUAUUUUGAUUUUUGUAGACCGUUUUCGUUCUACUUACUUACAAUGUAAUGUUUGUUAUACUUAUUGGAUUAUACGAUAGAUAGCAUGUGUCAUGGUCUCCCAGACCCCUCUACAACCCAGUAAUUAUAAGAUACUAUAAACUAACCCUGUCCCUCUUCAGAUCUUACAGCUCCAGGAGCCCAUGACACCACAGAGAGAGAAAUACAAUUUUGAUUGAAAUAAACAAGUCCUGUUCAAAAAGUAAAAACACAAUAUUCUCUGCAUGUCUUUGGGUCAAGAAAACACCAUCCAAAAACAUUUCAUUUAACUUUAUGUGGAAAAAUUAAAUAUUGAAAUGAUAAAUUCUAGGAGAAUAAUAUUCACACCAUUCUUUAUUCCAAGAGGUAACUCUCUAGGUUUCAUGCUUAUCUCCACGCCAUGUUAUUUUACACAGAACUGGCUUCAUUUUACAUGUGAGAGUUAACUAUUAUUAGGCCCAGAGGGAAGAUUCAGUACUAGAGGUCUAAGGAAAAUACUAAAGAUCUUCCCUUUGCAUGUGCCUGUAUGAGUCUGCAUAUCCUUUAUGAAACAGGUAAAUAUUGCUGAUUUCUCAAUACAUCUGGCUCUGUGGCUCAAUCAUUGGAACCCCAAUUUAUUUGGUCAUCUCAAGGCUAUCACUCCCUCCUUGGGAUCUUACCUGUUAUUGACAGUGUUCUUCAGGAGAUCACUAGGAGAUGCAAGCCGUUUCUAACUUGUAUUUAUUCAGCCCCACUUUAAAUACAAGUUAGAACAAUAAUUCAGACUCUCACCUGUGGAGAUGAUGCUCUGCCCAGGACUUCCCAGUCAGGACCCUGAAAAGCUGUUUGGGACUUUCCAGUACAUAGGUUCAGUGUUGGGGUUUUCCUAGUCUGACAAUACAGUUGCCUGUGUCUGUUACUAUGAAAGCAAGAGAAAGCAAAAGUAUUACUCAAAGAAACACUGUCUGGUAUGAAGAGAGUGUUGUCCUUAUCUAUUGGACCUGACCUGCCAAGUUGAGCAGCUGCCCACAUACUGAAUGUCACAAACACAUGUAUGUGUUAUCUAAUCAGUAACUAGUGUAUCUUUCAACUGCAUGAUUUUUUAUUGCAUGCGGGAGGAAAUUGAGAAUGCUUUCUUGAGUGCACACAGAACUAUUAAUAGUAUUCAUAACACUGCUAUGUAAUGUUUUCUUUCUAGUAAACUUGUAAGUAUUGUUCUUGUGCUGCUUUGUAAAACAAAUAGAAAAGAGUUGCAAACCAAAAAUUUUGUGAUAAUAGAUAGUUGCACAGACUGACUUGGGCAACUCUAUUUACCAAUGUUUGUUAUUUUGUAUGGGCUCAAGGUACUUUUAUUUAACCUUAAUGACAUUAGCAUUUAUUGAAGAGUUUUUAACUCACAAAACUUCUCUGUAUACAAAUUUUCCGUCAUCAUUUUUAAAAUUUCUUAUUCUUUUUAGGUAUACAUGACAGUAGAGCAAAUUUUGACAUAUUACACAUACAUGGAGUAAAACUUAUUUUAGUUAGCAUUCUAUUCUUGAGCUGUACAUGGUGUGAACCUUCACUGGUGGUGUGUUUGUAUGUAAACAUAGAAAAGUUGUUUCUGAUUCAUUCUACUGUCAUUUCUAUUUCCCUUUUCUUCCCUUCAUUCCAACUUUGUCUAAUCUAGUGAAUUUCUAUUCUCUCCCCCACCGUUGUUGAGUGGUUUAACAUCCAUAUAUAUGUAUAUAUUAUAUUAUAUGUAAUGUCUGUUUCAUUCUACUAUCCUUCCUAUCCCCAUAUCCCCUCCCCUCCCUGCACUCCUCUCUACUUAUUCUAUAGUAACUAUUCUUCCCCACCCCUCAUUGUGAGUUAGCAUCCACUUAUCAGAGAAAACAUUUGGCGUGUGUGUUGGCUUAUUUCACUUAGCAUGAUAUUCUCCAACUCCAUCCAUUUACCACCAAAUGCCAUAGUUUCAUUCAUCUUUAAGGUUAAAUAAUAUUCCCUUGGUGGGGGGAAUAUAUAUAAUCACAUUUUGUUAUCCAUUCAUCUGUUGAAGGAAACCUAGGUUGGUUCUAGGGUUUAGCUGUUGUGAAUUGUGCUGCUAUAAACCUUGGUGUGGCUGUGUCCCUGUUGUAUGCUGUUUUUAAGUCCUUUGGGUAUAGUCCGAGGACAGGGAUAGCUGGGACAAAUGGUGGUUCCAUUCUGGUUUUGCAAGGAGUCUCCAUACUGCUUUCCAUGGUGGUUGCACAAAUUUGCAGUCAGUCCCAUGAGUAAUGUGUGAGUGUUCCUUUUCCCCCACAUCCUCACCAACAUUUAUUGUUGCCUGUAUUAAUCUUUGCCAUUCUGACUAAAGUGAGAUAAAAAAUUAAAGUAAUUUUGAUUUACAUUUUCCUAAUUGCUAGAUGUGUUGAACAUUUUUUCAUGUACUUGUUAAUGGAUUAUAUUUCUUCCUGAGAAGUGUCUGUUCAGUUACUUAGCCCAUUUGUUAAUUCAAACAACAACAAAAAACCAAUUAAGUUUUGAGUUCUUUAGAGAUUAAUGCUUUAUCUGAGGUAUAUGUGGUAUAGAUUUUACACAAAUCUGUAGGUUCUCUCUUCACAUUAUUGUUUCUUUUGCCGAGAAGCAGCUUUUUAGGUUGAAUCUAUCCCAUUUAUUGAUUCUUGAUUUUUAAUUCUUGUGCUGUAGGGGUCCUGUUAUGGAUGUCAGAUUAUGGCUUAAUAUUUACCUCAGAUUUUUAAAUGGCAUCCCAAUUUCUUGAAUGUUUCACUUUUAUUGUUUCUCUUACUAUCUUGCCUUAUAGAUCUACAUGUUCUAAAGGGUCAUGAAAUGAUCUAGCUUGACAUGCAUGAUUUUCUGAUGACUGUUAUUUUUCAAUAAGUAGAUAUAUAUUUCAAACAAUCUGAAGCUACAAUUUCAGACUCUUUAAUUAAAGCACAUACAUGCCUUGUGUAGGAAAUAUUCCAUCAGUAGAUCAACAUCAAAUCUAUUAUAUAUAUAAAAAUAUAUAAAAGUCUGAUUUCAAAUGCAUGCACAUCCACUCCAGAGCUUGGCCCAGAACACUUACUCUAUAUUAGUUCUACAUUUUAGAACCUCCGUGAAAGCUGUUAUAAAUCCAAAGCCCGAAACACUCCCCAUUCUUUUUUUUUUUUAUGGGGGACAAUGAAGUUUGAACUCAGGGACACUCAACCACUGAGCCACAUCCCUCGCCCUAUUUUAUGUAGAGAUAGGAUCUCACUGAGCUGCUUAGUAAAUCUCUUUCACUGAGGCUGGCUCUGAACUCAUCAUCCUCCUUCCUCAGCCUUCCAAGCUGCUGAGAUUACAGGCAUGUGCCACCAUGCCUAGCUCCUAAGAGAGCCUUCCUUAACUGAUUGGAACCCACUUGUUCAGUGUAUUGUGGCCUAAUCCUCACAAUUAGAGAUGAAAUUAUUUUCCUCUUUAUUAAAAAUCAGGGCAACUUACACAAAGAGAUUGGAUUCAACAGCGCCUAGUUAGGGGUCCACAUUACAAUAAAGGUGUGGUCUGCAAUUCUCCUCCUCUCCAAAGAGAGCUCUUCUUGGCUCCACAAAGUUAGGAGUAUUCACCAACCCUCUGCCAUGCUCAUUCCAGAAGCCUCCCAGGAGGCGAGUGUAUAUGAGGGACAGUAUUUCAGGUGGCACCUUGAUGAUCAUUGGGCCAUGCCAUGGAUUAAGGCAGAGCCCAUGUCAGAGGCUCAAAACUUUCAUGUGGCUGGUCCAGGAUAGGGGCUGCCUGAGGGGAUACUUUUCCUCCGCCCUUGAUGUGUCUUGCCUAACUGUGUGUAUACUGAAAUACUUGUUCAACGACUUGCACUCUUCCUAUUUUAUGUUUCCCUCUCAUGUGGUUUUGGAGUUCUCAUGCUUUGGCAAUUAUUGUGACUUUUGUCUUCAGUUUUACAACAUCCUUCAGCCCAUCCAUGUGGAAUUUCUGUCUGUGGAUAUUAGUUUUCAUUUUAUAUAUUUCCAUUUAGUCCAAAUUUCCAGUUACCUCUAGAAAGAACAAAUGUUUGAUUCAUUAUCAUGCCUGUACUAACCCUUCACAUGUUGAUAAUGGUGGUGAUUAAGAACUAUCUUCUUAUUUCUACAACUGGAACAUCUUCCAUCGCAAUAUCAGUCAGGAAAACAGACCCUCCUGUAGGAACAUUUUGGUUUCCCCCUAAUGAGAGCUUGGGGUCUGUAGAGAAGUGCAUGGGCUCUCUCGUACCCUGAGGAGGUCCACAGAACAGAGUAGAGGAGAGUGUGGCUGUGGAGUCUCUAAUCAAGACCUCCAGACACCAAGCAGGAAGCAGGUCUGAUUUUAUUGUGCAGUUACCAUGUAUAUGUACUCAGGCAGUGCCUAAGCAAAAUAUAGGCAACCACCAAUGCAAUGUCUGCUAACAGUCCUUGCAGUGAACAAUCAAGGAGUGGGACUGCAACACAUGGCCUCGUGCCCAGAGCUGUGCCGAUGGGGUAAGCAGUUUGCCACUCACACGCCUAGCAUGGGGAGUGGCCUGCCAUGCAGACACCCUUAACCUAUGCCCUGUAUGCAGUACUCCAUGCACUCGUCCCCACAGAGAAGCACUUCUGAGGCUUUCUUUCUUGACUUUAAAGAACAAUUUCUCUUCUAGUGGCCUUUCUCAGGACAUAUUUAAAAUAAUAGUAAUAUAAAUACCAUAGAUGUAAGUGUGAACCCUGAGCUGUAUUUUCAAACCCUGACAAUUUACAAAAGCAACCCACGGAUCUCACCUCUACUUCUCACAAAGAGCUGCCAUUCAUUCAGUCAUGUCUUGCCUAGGGUUUGCUCAUCAUGUUACUGGAGGGUGUGUGUUGAAGCAGAGGUGCUGGGUGAUGGUGUUGCCCUCUCUGAGGUGGCAGUCAUUUCUUCCUAGUGCUCUUCAUAGAUUCCCAGCACACAAAGAGCCACAGGUCAGAGGUUUCUGCCGAGGCUGACAUCAGUCCCAAUCCUACUUGCUUGAAGCAAGUCCAGUCUCAAUUCUCCAUCUCCCUUUUGUCUGUUUUUAUGUUACCGAAUACCAAGGGGACAUGGGGAGGGUUGGCAGUAGUGGUGAAGCUGAGCUCUGUGAUGAGGACAACCGCAAGCUGUAAGUGUGCACUUGAGUUGAUAAGGGUUGAGGAAAUAGGAUCUGUCACCCCUAUGAGCAGGAUGGUGCUCACAGUGCAUACGGGAGAAGAGAUGUUUCUUCCUCUCACUUUCACCCUAGAAUGUGCCCACCCAGAGGAUCCAAAUAACCCUAACAUGCAGCAGGGUGUCCUUCUCCUGUAAUUCUCUCUACAUCUGUCCUGACCACCAGCUCGUGUCCACUGCCUGAGCAGUCCUCACUAGAUGGUUGCAACACAGAUGAUGGUGCAUGUAUCACACAGCCUCCCCUGACUUUAGUGACAGCACCAUAUCUAACAUGACUCCUUCCUGGAUCCAGAUACUAGAGGGAGUCUUUACUAUCAGCUCUAACAAACAAAACUUCUGAUUUUUUUUUUGAAAAUUUCUUUUUCAUGUGUGAUCUGUUUUUUCUCAUCUCCUCACUUGGCCUUUUCUUCCUCUUACCAUAUGUGAAUUCUUCAAAUGUAAUCAAUGUCGGAAAUCUGUUUGAUUCCCUGUGAUUUACACAUCCUUCCACACAGAAUGCCCAAUCAAGCUGGGAGGCAGCUUGAUUUCUCCAGUGCAUAAAGGACAUGAGUGCCCAGUACGAUAGGGCAUUCCUGGACCAAGCUGGAAGCAUCACUCCAUAGACCCUUGUUUGAGGGGUGUUUCUCAGAUUACCUCCCUGAUAUCAGAGAGCUUGUGUUAUGUCUCAUGAUCUCCUGGACUAUGUUGUGCCAGGCAUAAUGUGCACAGCUGGGAAGGUACAUAGCUCAGGAUUUCAGUCAUCUAUGAAUCAUUCCCAUUCUCCAGGAUGCUUCUUAACAAUGAAACUCAGCAGGCACAUUACUAUAGAUAUCUCUUCACAACACUACCAUGAUAUAUUUACACAAUUUUAAUCAUACUUGAUGCACAUCAUUUAGUGAUGAUUGUGGUUCAAAACUGGAGCUAGUAGAAUCACCAGACUGGGCUUUCUUCUGGCACUACCUGUAUGAAGAUUAGUUCUCCUCAUUAUUUACAUGAUAUAUGUACACAAUUUUAAUCAUAUACUUGAUGGUCAUUAUUUAGUGAUAUGAUUGUAGUUCAAAACUGGAGAUUGGUCAUCCUGCAGACUGCUUUCUCCUGGAACUACCUGUAUGAAGAUUAGUUCUCUUCAUUAUUGCAUGAAAUUGUGUCCCUUUCUUUGAAGCAUACUAUCAGGAAAGGGUCUAAAUUUUUCCUGAUACAGUUAUUGAAAUUUACCAUCAGAAAACAAUUUUCCAACAGUUUCAAGGCAAUGAACAAUCCAUCCAUGAGUUCUUGACUAUUACUGCAAAUUCAUGGCACCUGCACACUCCUGUAGGUAUGACUGCAGAUUCCUCAGUCACACCUUAAAUUCAUCCAAUGGCCUUGAGAUGCACGUGAUUAAAACAUGUCAUUUAAUGAGUGUUAGAAAACUUGGAUUGUGUAGGAUUCAAAUGUUUAAAACAAAUUAAAGCAGAUUCUGUGUGUCACAGAAAAGUGAUACAAUGCAGUUUUUCAUUUUAAAUACAGUUUUUCAUUUUGUUGGUGUUGAGACAAGGCAAUUUUAAAACCCUGUUUCUUUCCUUUGUAUACCACAGAUUGAACCCAGGGCACUUAGUCAUUAAACUAUCUCACCAGCCACUUUUUAUAUUGGAGGAAAAUCUUGCUAAGUUACUGAGCUUUGGCAUUCCAAUCCUCUGACUCCUGAGCCAAUGGGAUUGCAGGCAUUCAGCCUCACCUAAAACAAUUUUAAGUUAUUUUUACAUGCUAAUAUAGAUCUAUUUAAGCUUAUACUAUAAAAAAUAUUUUACAUAAGUCAAAUAUUAUACAAAUAAGAAUUGGCAUAUGCCAUUUAUAUAUAGAUCUCACCAAAAAAGACCUAAGGCCUAGUGAUUAAAUGUGAACCCUAAAAUAUUUUGGGGGGUACCAAGGAUUAAACUCAGGGGCACUCAACCAGUGAGCCACAUCCCCACUCCUAUUUUAUAUUUUAUUUAGAGACAGCAUCUCACCAAGUUGCUCAGGGCCUUGCUAUUGCUGGAUUUGAACUCACCAUCCUCCUGUCUUAGCCUCCCAAGGCACUGGGAUUAUAUUUUACAAUUUUUAAAUUUAUAUUUUUUUCUGGACUUACCAUGGGAGAUUGUCUUUUUCUAGUGAUUUUUCAUAUUUUACAAAUCCUGUAUGUUUACACUCAUAUGUUGAGGCUAAAAAAGUUGAUCACAAAGAACCACAAAAGAGAAAAGCUUUUUGUAUCUGUUAGAAGAGACAGUUGGCAAGGAGUGCCGAAAAGCAGUUAAGAGGGUUUUAUAGCCCAUAGUUUGAAUUGUAUAAGUAAUUAUUAGACUCUGGACAUUCUAACAAGAUUUUGCAGGUUUCAAACAACCAAAUGAUAUUUUAGAAGGUAGAAAUUGCACCGAUUUGAUCAAUACACAUGUUCAAUUAAAAUGCUGGAUCCUAUAUGUAGGUACAAAUUAAAAAUUAAACAAUAAUUAACACUUCAACUAGCAAAAAUAAACAAAGAUGGCUGUAAAUACAAACUGUCUCAAUAGCAACCCUAAAUGUUAGUGGCUUAACCACACCAAUCAAAAGACAUAGGCUAGCAGCCUGGAUUAAAAAAAAAAUCCAACAAUAUGCUGCCUCCAGGAGACUCAUUUGAUAGGAAAAGACAGACUAAAGGUGAAAGGUUGGGAAAAACAUUCCACUUACAUGAAUCUUGAAAGCAAGCAGGUCUCCAUACUAAUAUCAAAUAAAGUAGACUCAAGUCAAAGUUAAUCAAAAGAGAUAAAGAAGAACAUUACAUACUGCUCAAGGGAACCAUCACCAACAAGACAUAACAAUCAAAUAUAUAUGCCCCAAACAAUGGUGCACCUAUGUUCAAACAAACUCUUCUCAAGUUCAAGAGUCAAACUGACCACAACAUGAUCUUGGGUGACUUUCACACACCUCUCACCACUGGACAGAUCUUCCAAACAAAAGUUGAAUAAAGAAACUAUAGAACUCAAUAACACAAUCAAUAACUUAGACUUAAUUGACAUCUAUAGACUAUAUCAACCAAUAUCAAGUGGAUAAACUUUCUUCUCAGUAGCACAUGGAUUCUUCUCAAAAAUAGACCAUAUAUUAUGCCACAGGGCAACUCUUAGCAAAUACAAAGAAGUAGAGAUACUACCAUGCAUUUUAUCAUAUCAUAAUGGAAUGAAAUUGGAAAUCAAUAAGGACGAAAAUGCUACAGAAUGAACAAUGGGUUACAGAAGACAUCAAGGAGGAGAUUAAAAAAUUCUUAUAAAUGAAAAUACAGACACAACAUAUCGAAAUCUCUGGGACACUAUGACAGCAGCACUAAGAGGAAAAUCCAUUGCAUGGAGUUCAUUCCUUAAUAGAAAGAACUUAAUAGAAAGAGCCAACAAAUAAAUGACCUCAUUACAUCUCAAAGCCCUAGAAAAAGAAAAAAAAAAUCAGCAGGAAAACAAGAAAAAAAAAUCAGCUGAAACCAAUGAAAUUGAAACAAAAGAAACAAUUGAAAAAAUUUACAAAACUAAAAGUUGGUUCUUUGAAAAAAAAUAAAAUUGACAGACCCUUAGCCAUGCUAACAAAGAGACAGAGAAAUCAAAUUACCAGAAGUCAUAAAAAAGGCAAUAUCACAGCAGACACUACAGAAAUACAAAGGAUAAUUAGAAAUUAUUUUGAAACCGUAUACUCGAAUAGCUUAUACUCUGAUAGAAUAGAAGUUAGUGAAGGCAUCAAUAAAUUCCUUAAGUCAUGUGAUCCGCCCAGAUUGAGUCAGGAAGAUAUAACACAACUUAAACAGACCAAUAUCAAGUGAGGAAAUAGAAGAAGCCAUCAGAAGAUUCCCAACCAAGAAAAGCCAAGUACUGGAUGGAUAUGCAGCCAAGUUUUACUAGACCUUUAAAGAAGUAAUACCAAUACUCUUCAGCCUAUUUCUGGCAAUAGAAAAAGAGGGAGUACUUCCAAAUUCAUUCUACGAGGCCAAUAUCACCCUGAUCCCAAAACCAGGCAAAGACACUUCAAAGAAAGAAAACUUCAGACCAAUCUCUCUAAUGAAUAUAAAUGCAAAAAUCCUCAAUAAAAUUCUGGCAAAUCAAAUACAAAAAGAUAUCAAAAAUAUCGUGCACCAUGAUCAAGUGGGAUUCAUCCCCAGGAUGCAAGGUUGGUUCAAAAUACAGAAAUCAAUAAAUGUAAUUCAUCACACCAAUAGACUUAAAGAACCAUAUGAUCAUCCCAAUAGAUGCAGAAAAGCAUUUGACAAAAUACAGCACCCCUUCAUGUUCAAAACACUAGAAAAAAUAGGGAUAAAGGACAUCUCUCAACAUUCUAAAGGCUGUCUACACUACACUAAGCCUCAGGCCGACAUCAUUCUCAAUCGAGAAAAACUGAAGGCAUUCCCUCUAAAUAUUGAACAAGACAGGGAUGCCCUCUCUCACCACUUCUAUUCAAUAUAGUUCUUGAGACACUGGCCAAAGCAAUUAGAUGAAAGAAAUUAAAGGAAAAGUAUAGGAAAAGAAGAACUUAAACUAGCACUAUUGGUUGACAAUUGGAUUCUAUCCCUAGAAGACCCAAAAAAACUACACCAGAAAACUUCUAGAACUAGUAAAUGAAUUCAGCAAAGUAGCAGGAUAUAAAAUAAACACACAUAAAUCAAAGGCAUUUCUGUAUAUCACUGACAAGUCCUCUGAGAAGGAAAUGAGGAAAACUACCCAUUCACAAGAUCCUCAAAAAAAUAGAUAAAUAGAUAAAGUACUUGGGAAUCAACUUAACAAAAGAGGUGAAAGAUCUAUACAAUGAGAACUACAGAACCCUAAAGCAAGAAAUCAAAGAAGACCUUAGAAGAUGAAAAGAUGUACCUUGCUCCUGGAGAAGCAGAAUUAAAAUUAUCCAAAUUACCAUACUAACAAAAUAACUAUACAGGUUCAGUGUAAUUCCAAUAAAAACCCCAAUGACAUUGCUCAUAGAAAUAGAAAAAGCAAUCAUGAAAUUCAUCUGGAAAAAUAAGAGACCCAGAAUAGCUAAAGUAAUUCUAAGCAGGAAGAGCAGAACAGGUGGCAUCACUAUACCAGACCCUAAACUAUAACACAGAGCAAUAGUAAAAAAAAAAAAAAAAACACA